GCAAACCGGAUGAAAAAAAGUAUCUAGGAGAAGGUGGCUAGGUAAUGUUUAGCUUUAAUCAGAGGAGGUGCGCACUUUCCUACCACACUUCAGAUGGCUGUGCGCUGGUUAUGCAGCCUGUUCGGGAAGCCCUUUGAUGGCGGGAAGAGGAUGGACCACGGCGGUCCGCAGCAGCAGCAGCAUCCGAUGGAUCAGCAGCAGCAGUCGUACCACCCGCAGCACCCCGCCAUGAUGCGUCUGUACGAGGUGCAGAAGGAGGUGGCGUCUCUGGGGCCGCAGGUCUGCACCUUCAGCGGCCUGCAGAACGACCGCGAGUACAAGCGUCUGGAGAGAGAUCUGACGCGGCUGCUCCUGGAGGUGGACCAGGUGGACACGGAGGGCAAGAUGGAGCUGCAAGGGGGGCGAAAGAGAGCGGCGCAGGAGGUGGAGGGCCUGCUGCGCUACCUGGAGGAGAACGCCAAGCAUCCAUCCCGUCAGGCCAUCGAGCAUCUGAGCACCGAGGCACGGCGGCUGGUGGAUGAACGAGUGGUGGCGCCGCAGCGUUCGGGCGGAGUGGCCGAGAUCAACGACGAGCUGGUGGAAGAGCUGCAGCAGCUGGUGCUCAGGCUCACACAGGUGAAGACGGAAGGGAGGGUGCCGCUCCGCAAAGCUCGCUACCGGGCGCUGACACGCCUCUGCGCCGUGCAGGACGUGCUGGAAGGACGCACGCAGCAGCAGACGCUCUCCCUGCCGCUGUCGGGGGACACCCACGAGGCCGUGCACUGCAUCAACCAGGUGAUGGUGAAGGUGAGCGUGGCGCGCAGUCAGCUGGUGGCUCUGCUGAUGGGGCUGAGCGGGAGGGACAGCUGCGCCCACCUGUCACGCAUCCUGACGGAGAUGCAGGUGGAGCUGGACGCGCUGGAUGUUUCCGGGAACGCUGCGAUCAGAAAUUACCGGAAACAGGUCGUGGAGGAGAUUAACGGGCUGCUGAAACAUCUGGACCUGGAGGGGGAGGGAGACGACACGCGCAGGUACGACUUGGCGCAUAACAACUCCAUCCGUGAGAUCGAGGCGGUUCGAGCUCACGUCCACCACCUGCGAGAAGGCAUCCUGCGGCACUGCGCGAUGGGCGACCUCGGCUUCAGACCCAAAGCCGAGCUGCAGAGCCUCCUCACGCACCUGGACCAGGUGGACACGGCCAAGAACCCGUGCAUCAGAGAGGCACGCCGCCGCGCCGUGGUCGAGGUCCAGGCCAUCAUCACCUUCCUGGAUCUCCGCGAGGCCCUCGCCCGCCGCCAGCCGGGCCCCGCCGAGCACCCGGCACACCGGGCCGUGUGGAUGGUCCUGGGGAGCCUGUCGGACCUCCAGGCUCAGGUGCUGGGCUUCGACGGGAAGCGGGUCGACAAGAGCUACAUUAUCCUGGAGGAGAUGCUGACCAAACAGCUGCUGGCGCUGGACGCUGUUGACCCGCAGGGCGACGAGAUGACCAAGAUGGCGCGGAAGCAGGCGGUGAAGUUUGCCCAGAACAUUCUCAACUAUCUGGACAUGAAGACGGACGAGUGGGAGUAUUGAUUGAUUGAUUGAUUGAUUGAUUAACUAAACAAUCACAGUGGUAGCCAUGUUACUAGGUGAGUGGACAUCGCUGCAGGAAUGAAAGGAGCUGAUAAUAAUUUGUAUAAAUUAAAAAAAAAACACUACAAAAAAAACAAAACUGGUACGUUAUCGUUCCACCGACUGAACUCUGUAAAUAUGGACUCAAAUCCCCAGAAUGCACUGCAGCAGCGCUUUUAUUUUCGUCUUUUUUGUGGUAGUCGUGGCCGAAAACCUGCUGAGAAGUCAACAACGGAGAAGAACUCCUUUUUGUGAAACACACUUUGAAUUUUUGUUUGUGUGUGAGUUUUGAAGAUUUUCUUUUUGAAUCUCCCGAAUGUGUGUGUGAUUGUGUGUGUGUGUGUGUGUGUGUCGUCGCUGUAUUAGUGUUUGGUUGUAGAAGCUUGCUGCCAAAGCACUAAAAAAACAACGCCUGUUACAGCUGUCGUCGUAUCUUCCAGAUUGAUAAAUUACCCCGGUUGUGAUGGAUCUGCUCAGCAGCCGCUUCCCCGUCCGGCCCGAUUAAGUUGAGUGUCAGUCGUUAGCGGAGACGGCUAAUGCACGUGUUUUAAAUACAGUGUGACCUCAUUUGGGAGAGACUCGUCCACUGAUUGUUCUACCUGUUGGCCGAUUUCGAGUGUUAAAAUAUCCAAAUAUCCUGAGUUUUUUAUUUUAUUUUAUUUUAUUUUGCUGCAGUUUGUAUCGAGGAAAUCAAAAAUAUGCUCCGACUCUUAUUUGGCAAAGCAGAUGACAUAAAUGUUAAAUAUAGGAAGAUAAUUUAAUCUGCUGUGAAAUGUGCUUUUAUAUCAUUUAGAAAGAUGUGUGUGUGUGUGGAGGGGGUGAGAAGGUUGUAGUUUCCAAAAUACUAAAACUAAAGCAAACAUGGCCUGCUGAGUGAAAUGAAGCCAGGUAAUCUGUGUUUAAACA